AUUAUUGUCGCUUUUUAGCUAAUUGGAAUAUCUGAGAUGCUACUCGCACAACUGUAAUAAGAAGCUUCAUCUAAAUUUCUCGUGAUCGUGCGUUGUCAAUCGGAUCAGUGUGAUUAGGGUUUUCAUUCCAUAAAUUAUAGUCAAAUUUCACUUCAAUCCGCAACUUCUACAAAUGUCGAAUUCAAUUCUGACAGCCACAAUUAACAUCAUAUGACUCUCUGUUUCACAUUUUAAAUACCUAGGCGGCACUUCCGUUUUCCACACAUUCCCUACUCAAUUCAUUUUCUCAUCGAUCACUCCGCCAACAUUCAUCUUGUUCCAGGAACUACCCUCGUUUGUGAUUCGAUGUUCCAGAUCUCAGGUCAUUAUGGGUUUUUGAGUUCCUGAUUUGUUUCUGAUAAAUCAGAUCUUGCUUUUGUUUUUGUUUUUUUUUCUUCUGUUCUACUAAUAGCUGUGAUCGGAAUCGAAUUUCUGCUAAAAAUGAGUGACGUUACGGAAGUCAAACCCUUGAUUUCACAAUCAUCAUCUUCAAACCUUCCCGAUUUCAAAAAAUCCGUGAAGCUCAAGUAUGUAAAAUUAGGGUAUCACUAUCUGAUAACCCAUGGAAUGUAUCUGUUCUUAUCUCCUCUUGUUGUCAUUCUCGCUGCUCAAUUGUCGACAUUUUCUCUCGAAGAUGUUCACGUUCUUUGGGAUCAUCUCCGAUUCAAUCUCAUAUCAGUCGUCGUAUGCUCCACCCUUUUAGUCUUUCUAUUAACUCUCUACUUCCUAACUCGCCCUCGCCCAGUUUACCUUGUAAACUUCUCAUGCUACAAACCCGAAGAAGAUCGAAAAUGCACAAGACAAAAAUUCCUUCAAUGUUCGACAUCAACAGGUACGUUCACAGAUCAAAGUCUCGAGUUUCAAAAAAAAAUCCUCGAAAGAUCCGGUCUUGGCGAAUCAACUUACCUACCUGAAGCUGUUCUUCGAAUCCCCCCAAAUCCAUGCAUGGAAGAAGCGAGAAAAGAAGCAGAACUUGUAAUGUUCGGCGCCAUUGACGAACUCCUAGCAAAAACAGGUAUCAAACCAAAAGACAUCGGGAUUUUAGUAGUUAACUGUAGUCUCUUCAAUCCUACCCCUUCUUUAACUUCAAUGAUCGUCAACCAUUACAAACUUCGAGGCAACAUUUUAAGCUUCAAUCUCGGCGGAAUGGGAUGUUCAGCUGGUUUAAUCGCUAUUGAUUUAGCCAAAGAUCUUCUCCAAGUAAACCCUAAUUCAUACGCGCUAGUCAUGAGCAUGGAAAACAUCACCUUAAAUUGGUACUUCGGAAACGAAAGAUCAAUGCUUGUUUCCAAUUGCUUAUUCCGCAUGGGAGGAGCUGCGAUUCUCUUAUCCAACAAAUCAUCCGACAAAAAAACCUCAAAAUAUCAACUCGUACACACAGUAAGAACACACAAAGGCUCAGACGACAAAUGUUUCUCAUGCGUAACACAAUUAGAAGACCCAAUUGGGAAAAUCGGAGUUUCAUUAUCAAAAGAUUUAAUGGGAGUUGCAGGAGACGCAUUAAAAACCAACAUCACAACAUUAGGUCCUUUAGUGUUACCAAUGUCUGAACAAUUACUUUUUUUUGCAACUUUGGUUGGAAAAAAAGUUUUGAGGAUGAAGAUUAAACCAUAUAUUCCUGAUUUUAAACUUGCUUUUGAACAUUUUUGUAUUCAUGCGGGUGGAAGAGCUGUUCUUGAUGAAAUAGAGAAGAAUUUGCAGCUUUCUGAUUGGCAUAUGGAGCCUUCAAGAAUGACAUUAAAUAGAUUUGGGAAUACUUCAAGUAGUUCACCAUGGUAUGAAUUAGCUUAUUCAGAAGCAAAAGGAAGGAUUAAAAAAGGUGAUAGAGCAUGGCAGAUUGCGUUUGGAUCAGGGUUUAAGUGUAAUAGUGCUGUUUGGAAAGCUUUGAAGACAAUCAAUCCUUCAAAAGAAAAGAAUUUGAAUCCUUGGAUUGAUGAGAUUCAUCAGUUUCCUGUUCAUGUUCCUAAGUUUUCUGCUUUAUAAGAUGGAUUCAAUCUUCCUUUUUUUUUUUUUUAAAGUUAUUAUUCAUGGGGUUUUCUUGAUGUUUGAGUUAGGGGGGUGAUGAUUUUUAUUUAUUUGUUGUACUGGAUAACAUUUUUUUUUUCAUGGAUGCUAUAUUUUUUUGAUGACUUUUGUUGUGAUUCAUAGUUUUGAAUGUGAUUUUGUUUGGAACUUGUUUAAUUA